AUGUCAGAUUUGCGUCAUAUUAUAUUAGACCGACGUAACUAUAUUUUUUUAGAAUAUAAAUUACUGCUUUGGAAAGAAUUGUCAUCAAAUAACGUCCCUUGCGAUAUUCAGAACCCAAAUAAAAACAUAUCGUACUAUUUUCCACCAGAACAUCAAAUAUUUUUUAUUGAUAUGAGUUGUAACGGUACGAAAAUGGUACUAGAACAAGGUAAUCAAAUGGAUCUAUUUAAGCAACCCUUUAGAUGGAUUAUACUCUCCGACGGCGAUUAUGAGGAUUUUAAAAAUUAUUAUUACAGAUUGGACAGUCAAAUUUUUGUCGUGGAAAAUUUAGAAAAAGAAAAUUACGUAUACAAGAUUAAAGCUUUGUAUAAAGUGUCUAAAGAUUCUUCGGAAUUUCUAGAAAAUGAUAUAGCUCGAUGGAAUUCGAAACAAGGUUUUUUUAAAUACGAUGAACUUUCAUUUUCGAGGAAUAGAACAAAUUUGAAAGGAUUGAAUUUGAAUAUUUCUUACGUGGUUACUAAUUCCGAUACAUAUAAACACCUAGAAGAUUACAGAAAUACCCAUAUCGAUCCAUUAUCCAAAUUAAAUUGGCUAAUAAUGAAAUAUUUGUUGGUUAUUUUAAACGCCACUUCUACCCCUAUAUUUGAUACAACUUGGGGUUAUAGAGACAGUAAUACUAGCAAGUUUACUGGAAUGAUUGGAGAUUUACAAUCAGAUAGAGCUGAAAUUGGAGGCACAGCUUUAUUUUUCACUAUUGACAGAAUAGACGUGAUAGAAUACGUAGCACCGAGUGCUCCAACUUACGCUAAAUUCAUCUUCAGAGCUCCCCCUCUAUCGUACGUAUCGAACGUGUUCACUUUACCUUUCGAUACCGACGUUUGGUACAGCUGUUUCGGUUUAGUACCGCUGAUUUUUAUAGUAAUUUAUAUAAUAGUAAAAUGGGAGUGGAAAGAUCCUACUUUUCGAGAAAAAGUACAAGAAAAUAAUUCGAAUUCAGUGGUGCCUUUGAGACCGGGGUUUUUCGAUGUUUUGGUGAUGGAAUUGGGCGCGGUGACGCAACAGGGGGCGGAAUCCGAACCUAAAAGUAACGCCGGUCGUAUAGCUACAAUAUUCGCUUUUAUAGCUACCAUGUUUUUAUAUACUUCUUAUUCGGCUAAUAUUGUCGCCAUUUUACAAAGCACAACGGAAAGUAUUAAAACUUUAGAAGAUUUGUUAAAUUCUAGAAUUUCGUUAGGGGUUGAAGAUAUUGUUUAUUCUCAUUAUUAUUUCAAGACUGCAGAUGAACCUAUUAGAAAAGCGAUUUAUCAACAAAAAAUCGCACCUAAAGGACAAAAACCGAAUUUCAUGACAAUGCAGGAAGGGAUCAGUAGAGUGCAAAAGGGUUUCUUCGCUUUCCACGUAGAAGUUUCUUCCGGUUAUAAAAUGAUAGGAAAUACUUUCCAGGAAAGUGAAAAAUGUAGUUUGAAAGAAAUCGUGUUUAUUAAUUUGAUAGAACCAUGGGUAUCUAUUAAAAAAGGAUCUGCUUAUAAAGAAAUUAUUAAAGUGGGUUUGAGAAAAAUGCUGGAAAAUGGAAUACAAAGACGUGAUACGAAUAGAAUUUACACUAAAAAACCGGUUUGUCAAAGUAAGGGAAGUAAUUUCGGAAGCGCCGGUAUACUAGAUUGUUAUGCGGCAUUUUUAAUAUUCGCCAGCGGGGUUAUCUUCAGUUUGAUUCUAUUAAUUUUCGAAAUUUUGGCAAUAAAGAAGAUGAAAUCGAGAGAAACUAAUGCUAAUAUGUCAUACUAGCACCGAAUACCUCAAUAUUAAUUCAAUUAAUCUGAUAUAUAGUUAGAAAAUAC